GGUGGCGGUGGCGGCGGAGGUGGCGGCGGGGCGGACUCCUUCACCGGUGUGCGUGCAACACCUGGCGGCUGCGGCGGCACAGCGGCAACAGCAGCAGCAGCAGCAGCAGCAGCAGCAGCAGCAGCAGCAGCAGCGGCGGCAGCGGCACUGAGCGGCACGUCGCGGGCAAUUAUUAUUAUGCGAUCGGCUGCGGCCGCCCUGGCCGCGGCGGCGGCGGCGGUGCUGGCCCUCCUCCUGGACGCGGGCGUACUCGCCCGGCACCAGCUCCGCUCCGAGAACCCCGCGGCGGGCCACAAGCCGUCCGGUGACAUCUCCCUCUGGAUCGACCAGCAGCAAAUCAAGAUGUUCAGCGGGCUGGCAAUGGAAAUAUACGCGAUUUCGGAGGGCCGAGUGCUCCCUUAUCUUUUGGAUCCGGAGUUUGAGAAUAAACUGCCGAUUAUUCCGAGCGAGGUGUCCCACGUGAACUUCACGUGGAAGUCAGGAGUAAAAAAGUACUAUUACAACUUUUUUCUUUUAAAGUCGUACGACGAGAGCAUCUUGAAAACUCCAUCCAUCACGAUUAAAACGCAAGGACGGGUGCCCAAGAGGCCGAAAGAGUUCAGCGUUCUUCUACCUUGCGCCGGGAAAUCGGGCAUAGCGCAAUUUGGGAUCAGUCUGGUGAUCGAGACCCGCAAGGGGAAACCUUUAGACGGGACGCCCCUCGGUCUCAAAUUGACAAAAGAAUGCACCGUGCGCGGUGAGUGCGUCAGUCGCGCCCACGAUCACCACCUCUUCACUCGCACAUACAAACCUAAUUCUGGUCCCUGUCCAGAUGGUUAUUUAGGGCCUAAUUGUAAAACAGCACUUUGUUAUCCAAGCUGUAUGAACGGCGGUAACUGCACGGCGCCAGGCGUGUGCUCUUGCGCGCCGGGAUUUCACGGCCCUUACUGCGAAGGAGGUAUUUGCACGAAAGCAUGUUUGAAUGGAGGAAAGUGCAUUCGUAAAGAUAUCUGCCAAUGUUCAAAAGGCUAUUUCGGCUUGCGCUGCGAAUUCUCUAAAUGUGUUAUUCCUUGUCUCAAUGGAGGCAAAUGCAAGGGUACAAACAUCUGCAGAUGUUCGGAGGAAUACAGGGGCAAUCACUGCGAAAUCGCAACCACACACAGAACGUCGCAACGUUCGACAUGUAGUAAGCAAACAUGUAAGCACGGAACCUGCCAACCGAACGACACGUGUCUCUGCGAUUCCGGCUGGCACGGAAAGUUUUGUCAAAAGAAAAACAAGAAAUGGGCUUAGGAAUUAAUGGAAUAAUGUUUUUCGUCCCACAAUCGAAUUCUUUAGAAAACGACGUUGUUUUUAAAAUCAUCAAACGAAAUUACAACAGAUUGUGUUUCAUAAAAUAUGUAUCUUGAAUUGUACGGAGAAACGCAAGAUUUAUGCGUAUCGUAGAGAAAGAAUCUCGUGAUAUUAAAAUGAUUCAAUGAUUUGUAGUGUUCUUGUUUUUAUUUGGUGCGACGACGAAGAGAUAAACAUUAAAACUUUCACAAGAUUAAGAUCCAAAUCUCGAUUGGUAGUUAGUGUGAUGUAAAAUUCGUAUUUGUAGUUUCUAAUUUAGUCUGCCCGAGAUGUGAUAUGUAAAGAGCUGCUUUAUGCCAUUUUACGACAUUAUUAUAGUUAGUUAUUAAUACUUUUGUACUGUAGAUGUAACAAUUGUAAAAACAAAAUAGGAAGAAAAUGUAUUUUCUGUAAGGGUUUUAGAAAGCAUGAUUAUGAAAAUAAUUCAAUAUCGUAGUAGUGUGCCUGUGAUGGACUUCUUUGCUACUAUCCUAUCUUCUUUCUGUGUAUAUCUUAGAUAAUAUAGAUAAAUAAAUGUGAUUUUAUUACAAA